GUGCGACUGCGCACAGUCUAAUCCGCGGAAGGAAGAGAAUUGCGCAUGCGCGCCUGUCUCCCGGGACGCUAGAGCAGGCGAUACCCUGGCUGCUCCGGUAGGUUUGGCGUGCGCGGGUUUCUGCAGAUCUAGGGCGAGCUUGCACGUUACAUCACCGAUGCAUCUCUUCUUGCUUGCUUAAUUUGCCAACACUUAGGCCUUUCUUGCAGAAUUCGCCAUAUACUCCUUAAGGGCCGCGGAAUCGGAGCAACCUUGUUGACUGAUUGGCAAACUCUCGGCAGAUGUGCGUGCACUGGUUGGAUGCAGUGGUUGUAGGCGAUUUAAUUUUUCCCAGCUGUGCAGCGACUGUUGGCCCUGUUAGCGUCCCAGAACGGAUCUCCCCAGCCUCGACUGGAAGCUGAGGGACAAAAAUUCAUAAAAGCAAUUACUCUUUCCCGGCGAGGCUUCUAGAAGAGCAAGAACAGCGAUAUAAUUACACCUGCAGGCAUAUAAAGAUUGAUCUGUCCGUUUUUCCCUUACAGUCGUGGCCUGUUAGCGUUCCUGUGUUUUUCAGUGCCAGAAUGAGUGACCGCUAUUUAGAACAAAGGAUCAGUAUCAAAUUUUGCGUGAAAUUGAACAAGUCUGCAAGUGAGACCCACCAUCUUUUAAAAGAAGCUUAUGGGGAAGAAGUCAUGUCAAGGGCCAGAGUUUUUGACUGGCACAAAAGGUUUAAAGAAGGACGGGAAGAUGUUCGAGAUGAUGCCAGAAGUGGGCGUCCGGUCACCCACCGAACAGAUGACAAUAUCCAGAAGGUCAAGGACUUGGUUUGUUCAAACAGGCAGUUAACCGUGAGGAUGAUGGCCGAAGAGUUAAAUUUAGACAAAGAAACUGUUAGGCUCAUUUUGAAAGAAAACUUGAACAUGAGGAAGGUUUCUGCAAAAGUUAUUUCGGGUGUUUUGAAGGGUGAGCCUAAACCACGAAAACUUGACUUUCAGUCCAAUCUUUCAAAGGAAACUAGGAAAAAAAGCUCAUGUUUGAGGAAAAAGGUAACAGGUUCUGAAACAUGGAGUUAUCUCCAGGGUGAGGCUGAUGGGGAAAUGCCCCUGUCCGUAUCCCAUCCCAGAGUCCACUACCCUGCCAGCCAGCUUCUGCAGGCGUCAUCUUCAACAAGCCUUCCCCCCAGGGUAGCUGAGGAUUGGUUCACCCCAUGGUGAGAGGAAUGUGAGUUAGCUGAACCAGAACUAGGGUGCUGCCUCACUGUUAGGCACCUUCUUUGGCUGCUCACCUAUUUUUCAGUCUUCACUACUCCUCCCUAUGUACCAUGGCCCUCCUCAUUACUCUUUGCUGGACUAUUGGACCAUUUUCCUUGCUGUUCUUCAUAACUGAAAAACUUCUGGCUGUUCCCUUCUGGUAUUUGCUUGUUCUUGAUUUCUUUUGCUCAACAAGUUUGGAUUUCUUCUCUGCCCAGACCUUAGCUGUUGUGGCUGUCCUGUUCCUUUGUUCUCAACAUUCUGCCUCAGAGGAUCAUGCCAGUGAGAAGAGAGGAACAGGAGCUCCUGGAAUCUGUAUCUCUGUGCCCAGGGAGGCAUGCUCUUCUGGGAGGACCCCAAAAGAAGGCUUACAGUUUCAGCCUGCUUCGCAGUCAGGGCCUGAGGUAUGGUACAUAAUGCAGUGGCAUGCUGGUGUUACUGAACAGUGCUGGGCCUAGGGGCUGAUCUGGUCCGGAUGACUCAGUGGGCGCCCCUUAGGAAUCGGGGUUGGCCACCAAUACUGAUCUUCUCACAGGCCUACAUCUCACAGAAGAGCUGGGUUUGUUUCAUUCUAGUCCUAUUCUUUGGAUCUCCACUCAUUUGGGUAUCUCCUCUGUUGGAAGAUGAGUAUCUGGUCCUAGAAAAUAGAAACCCAGGGACCCAGCCCUAGGCCGUGAUGUGUGGAGAGGAAGACCAAGUGGCUCUCUAGUCCCUGAAUUAAGGGAAUCUGCUGCCUACGUGUGGAUUCCCACACAGCAGCCUGUUUUUAGUAACUAAUGCCUAUAGUUUUGAGAACUUGCUGUUUUUAGAACACUGCUGGGCAUUGACAAUGUGAAAGUUAUGAACAAGAUCUCCAAGGGCUGAUGAGCUUCAUGGAUGAGAUGGUUCUUGAACUGGACCCAUGAGGAUGGGUGAGACGGGGCUGUGACAUUACGGAAAGCUUCCAGGGCAGGUGGAACAGCAUGAGGCUUCCAACCUGCAUCGGUAGAAAAUGACACUGGCCAGAUGCAGUGAAUCACGCCUGUAAUCCCAGCACUUUGGGAGGCUGAGGCAGGCAGAGCACAAGGUCAAGAGAUCGAGACCAUCCUGGCCAACAUGGUGAAACCCCGUCUCUACUAAAAAUAUAAAAAUUAGCUGGGUGUGGUGGUGCGUGCCUGUAGUCCCACCUACUCAGGAGGCUGAGGCAGGAGAAUCGCUUGAACCCGGAAGGCAGAGGUUGCAGUGAGCCAAGAUUGUGCCACUGCACUCCAACCUGGUGACAUAGCUAGACUGUCUCAAAAAAAAAAAAGAAAAAAGGAAAAAUGAUGACACUAUUGGCUAAAAUAACAAAGUUCAAAGAGGAAGAUAAUGGUGUUGCAGCAGAUGAACAAUUUGGGAUAAUUUGCUUCCUCUCCUAUACCUCCAACUCUAUGCCAGUUGUUAUUAAAUUGCUUCCCCUGAGUCUGUGAAUAGGUUUGUAACAACUAAUUUGAUAUGUGAUUUUCCAUUUGGACUCCGACAAGUAGUUUCUGCAAAUUCAAACUCUGUGUCUUCUCUUCCUGCCUCUGCCAGAUUUAUGGAAUGCAACUUUUCCCAAGUGGGUUCCAAGUAAUACCACAUAGACUAGAAACAUUCAGGGGGCAGGGGUUUGGUAAUAGCGUUUCAGAGAAUUGGCCAGUCUCUGUUUUACUCAAGGAUUUUUACAUAUAACAGCUCCUCUUAGACAAUAUUGCUUGAUAGUAGAGGCACAACACUCAUUCAUCACAGUUACUUUUAGUGCUGUUCCUUCACUUUCUCUACUCACCUCCAAAAAUUACAAGUUCCUCAUUAACACCUGUUUUUGUUUUGUUUUGUUUUUUGAGACGGAGUCUUGCUCUGCUGCCCAGGCUGGAGUGCAGUGGCACGAUCUUGGCUCACUACAACCUCUGCGUCCCGGGUUCAAGUGUUUCUCCUGCCUCAGCCUCCCGAGUAGCUAGGAUUACAGGUGCACGCUGCUACACUCAGCUAUUUUUUUGUAUUUUUUGUAGAGGCGGAGUUUCACCAUGUUGGCCAGGCUGGUCUCGAACUUCUGACCUCAGGUGAUCCACCUGCCUCGGCCUCCCAAAGUGCUAGGAUUACAGGCGUGAGCUACUGCGCUGGAUCAACACCUGUUAGUUUUGAGGCACUUUGAAAGCUAGACCUUGUCCCAUGAAGACGAGAUACUGUGUAAGAAAACUCCUAAACCAAGCAACAGCUUAUAGAUCUCCAGCUCCUUAACAGUUUCUAGACGUUCCAUUUUAGGACCAUUAAGUCUUCCUACAUCAGAUGCAGCUCUAGGUUGCCCACAAGCACUUGGCACCGGGGACACUGCACUUUAGGAACAAAGUCCCCACCACUAGUUCUUGCAGCUUUGUUGCUGAACCUCAUAUUAAUCCUUGCUGAGGCCCACCCAGUGGUAAUUGUUACAGAUUUAUAUGCUCCUGGACCCAGGCCAGGAUCCUACAACCAUACCUACAGGAGUUGUUUCUAACCUGUUAUAAAACAGAGGUCCUGAGACAACUUACUUCUGGAUUUUAUUCCAGUCCUAUGAACACGGCUGGUGUGACUGUGCCAAUGAUGCUGGACCAAGACCUUUGGUGGAGUGUAGAGUACCAGAAGCUAUGGUUUAGACACAGCAGCCAGAAGCAGGUAAUUAGGAGUGUGAAUUCAAAUGGUUCCAGUUGGCUAUAAUGAAAAGGACUUAUCCAGAGCAAAACAUUCACAUUUGGCUGCUCAGAAUCUCUAAACCCAAGGGUAGAGCAUGAUCUAGGCAUCCCCAAAUAGGAAAGUUCUUAUAUGAGUACUUCUAAUGUGCCCACCCACCAAAUCUAUUUUAUUACUGAUCCACAUUUUGCCCUGGCCUGCACCUUGCUGCCUAGGCCUCUUGAGCUCCUGGUCCGGUAGUCUCACACAUCCAGCUAUGUGUCUGUCGCACCCCAGACUCUUGUCCUUGGCUGUUUUCAGACACCUCUCAGUUUAUUCUCCACCAUUUUGCUCUUACUCCUCUCUUUCCUUGUUGCUUUGUUUUCUGGUCCUGGGUCACAUCUUCAGUAGCUGCUUUUGGUCACUUUGGUGUGCUGAUCCUUGAAUUGACUUUUGGGUCAUGGUUUUCCACUUAACUUACAACUCUUCUCUCUGAUUUUUUGGAUCCUUCUUUCAGCUCCCUGUGUCAGCUGCUGAGUAAGGAAAUUUGUCUGCUCCAGCCCUGGCCCCGGGUUGCCUUCCUGUCUUCAAGAAGCAGGGUGGGGUGACAUGGGGGAAUUAUUUAUUUAUUUUGUUUUUUCUAAGGGACAUGGGCACCUUAGCCACCCUCAGUUGCACUCCCCAGAGGCAUCCAGUGUCACCAGUUUCUCAAGGAGGCAAUAUGGUUACCUCUAAAGUAGCAAGAGUCAUGAAACUUUUUCAGAGCUAUAACAUCCAAAGCCCAUUCUCCUAGCAGCUGUAUUUUCCCUGGCAGGAGAAGCUCCACCUAACCACAGGAGAUCAAGCCUGGCUUUCUGUGGGAUGUCAGUAGGAGAGCUGGCCAUCUGCAAGCUUUCUGAAGCUUAACACCAUCGGUCAAUGACUCUGUUCGGCUUUCAGGUUGAUCUUUAUCCCCGCCCCCACGUUCAUUCUAAUUCAAAGUCCACAAGGAAUGUUUUAUGCCACAGUUGAGAGUCUAAGAGGAAUACAUGCCUUCCGGGGCAGAUCAUCCUAACACUGAUUUUAUGCAAUUCUCCCCUUCCAUCACCCCACCCUACCUUGCUUCAUUUGCCCCACUAGUAAUGAUCAAAAAGAGAAAGAAUAAAAUGUUCACCAAAUCUGUGACUUAGAAAAACUUGUGGAGGGUUCUGCUCUCUUCUGAAUUCUGAUCCUCACUGAGUCCUCAUUGAAGUGUUAUCAUUUGGGGAAAAAUGUUUACCUGGGGCCUCCUUCCCAGAACCUUUUUUUCAGAUCAAUUUUUUCGUCAAAGUCUAGACUUGCCUUUGGAAAUGCCUGGAUAAAUCUGGAUGCUAAAUGACUUGAGGACACCUGAUAAAGGAAUGGGGUACUAUUGGGAAA